AAUCAUGUUUUUGUGAUGACCAAUCAAAGCUCACGCCGCUUUUGAUACAACCAAUCAGCUGUUCGGGCCGUUAAUUUUAAAGACACCGCCCCCCCCAGUAUAAAUUUGAGCGCGAAGCGCCACACGGGAUGCGGAGUUCACUCAGAAGAGAGAAGGUGAUCAGUUUUAGGCCGAACGGGACCGAUUACAUCUGCAAAAAUGGUCGAGGCUUUCUGCGCAACAUGGAAACUGGUGGACAGUAAGAACUUCGACGAAUACAUGGAGGCAAUAGGAAUUCCUUUUGCCACAAGACAAGUGGGCAAUGUUACCAAAACAACAGUAAUGAUCAGCGCGGAUGAGGAUACCGUGAUGCUGAAAACCCUGAGCACAUUCAGGAAUACCGAAUGUGUGGCGAAACUCGGAGAGGAGUUUGACGAGAUUACACCUGACGACCGAAAUGUAAAGUCUACCUUUACCAUGGAGGGAGACAAAUUUGUGCAUACACAGAAGUGGGAUGGGAAAGAGACCAGAUUGAUUAGAGAAAUCAAGAAUGGAAAGAUGGUGAUGACGUUAACCUUUGAGGGAGUCACAGCGGUCCGCACAUAUGAGAAGGUGGAGAGGAGGACAUCAUUUGUGGCACUGUAAACCACCAGAAGCAGCCUUAUGUUUUACUUGACCUGAAAAAUAAAUAUGUUUUUUUUUUUUUUUUUAAUAUUUAAAAAAAAUGGUUUGCACUUGACUUCUUUUCAGUACAUAAGUAUAUGGUUUUAAAGCCAUGGGCAUGUAUGAUAAUUUGAAGUGAAAACACCACAGUAUCAUUACAUUAACACAAAGAGAAACUGGUAGUGUGCAGCAACCGGUGGGGUGAGGCACUGCCACACUCUGCUUCAUACAUCUGGAAAAAAUUCUGGUUACAGUGUUACAUUUUCUGAUAUUUCAUUAAAAGAACUUUUUAAAAAAUAAAUAAAUUUACAAAAAGCUA